AAGAAGAAGAAGCAGUACUGACACUCCCUCCCUCUCUCCCUCCGUCCUUCGCCGUCAAACCGUGUGGAGUUUGGCGAGAGACCAGAGGCGACUACAGGCGGCGAGUGCACAUGUUAGAAACAUUUUCCGACGGCGACCUGACGACGCUCGCACUCCAGUCCAGUAGGUGGCGGCAAUGCGUCUCAAACACAUUCCAGAGCCAAUGGACAUAAAGGGCGAAAAAAAGCGAACUCUGAUGCUGAGCGAGGAGGAGUCAGGGGAUUUCCACUUUUCAGCACAUUAUCACGGCUAACUUGAGACAGGACAACAGCCUCAACAACGCUCGCAAAAACAACCACGUAUCUAUUGUAUCCACGUAUGAACUCACCUGAACUGAUGUGAAAAAAAUGACCAUAAUCCUGCGAUUACAAGGCCUCGAUUUAAAGGCAGGUAUUGAAGACAUAAGGACAUUCUUUAAAUGCCUUCACAUUCCUGAUGGGGGAGUGUACAUCUUGGGAGGAAGUCUCAGAGAGGCUUUUAUUGCAUUCACCACUGAAAAAGAUGCACAGCUUGCCAUGCGCUACACUGGACAUUUCCUUAAAGGGUCUGUGGUGACUCUACACAUAAGCAACAUGGAGGAGAUGGAGCACAAACUAAAGGCAUUAUUAAAGAAGAGAAAGAAACCCUCCCCCGGACAGCCUACAGUGAUGAAACCUCAGCAAUCUCUAGAUGCAAAUGUGCUGUCUUUGAAUGCAUGUCCUCCCAAUAUUGCAAAUCUUCAGCCACCUACUGCAUGGCCUCUUGAUUCCAACACUGCAAAUCUGCUACAGCCUCUUCAUCCCAAUACUUCAAAUUUCCAACCUUCCAAUGCAAACUCACUUGAUUCCAAUACUGCCUUUUUUCUUGGAAUGUAUACGGUCAUGCAAGGUCUAAAUUCAUCCCUUCAAAGAGAAAACAAUGAGGCAAUGCCAGGAGUUGAUGUACCAAGAGCGGAAAACACAGUUUUGUCUGAGGUAAAGACACCAAAGCUAACUAUAGACUCAACGCCAGGCUACGUUAGGCUCUUUGGUCUGCCAGCCUCCACUACAAAAGAGGUCAUCUGCCAUUUCUUCAAAGGGUUGACUGUACAGGAAGCCAUAGUGAAUGUUGAGUUGGGACGUAGCCAUGCCUGCCUUGUGAAGUUUGCAAACAUGCAGGAUGCAUGUGAUGCCCUUCUCUUCAACCAACAGUUCCUGGGCCCCAUCUGUGUGGACGUAAGACCAGCAACUGAGAAGAUGUGGACAAGUGCGUUGCAAGAUUGUCUUUUGAAAUCUGAUGUUGGGGGAAGAGUGAAACCCAAGCAAAACCCUCUUAUGGAAAACCACAAAAACGCACAGCUCAAGAGGCGAUCUGUCAACCAUGAUACGGCAUCUAAAUUACCCAAAAAGCAAAGGCUUGACAGUGACUCUCCAACUAUGCAGCACAUUGUCAUGGUCAGGAAUCUACCCAAAACAAUGACCAAGACAGAAAUUAAAGAAUUGUUUGGAUGUCCAAACAUUGCACACAAAAAUGUACUACAUCUACUUGACAAGGAAGGCAACAGAACAGACACUGCUUUUCUAAUUUUUAAAUGCACUGAAGAUUACGACUAUGCAACGAAUCUUACAGGCUGCCAUGUGGGCUCUGAUGCCAUUGUGGUCUCACCAAUCACUGAAAUGAUGAUGAGAGACAUGAUGGCCAAAACCCAUUUCAAGAGGUUUAAGCAGUGUCCAAAGAUGGAGACAAAAAAGAAACUACACCAAAAGAGGAAAUUAAAUCCAGUUGAGACACCAAAAGAAGCACCAAGCAUGAACCAGGAUCCAGCAGCUCAGACAUGCUUGUAUAUCAGAAACAUGCCCGCAGAUGUACAGAAAAGUCAUAUAAAAUUACUUUUCAGCAAAUACAAACUGAUGAAGGAUAAUAUCAUCUUACUGCAUGAUAGCAAUGGCAACGGUAUUGGUGAAGCCGUGGUUCAGUUUAAAUCACAAAAGCUUGCUGCACUGGCUCAAAGGCUCCACGGCAGGGACUUCCUGGGCACAAAAGUGCUUCUCACUCGCAUAAAUGUGAAGCAGAUGGAGGACAUUUUGACACGGAAUGUUUGAGGACGUUCUACAAUAAUGAUCAAAUGCAGACUCUGUGCCGACGUCUAACUGUAAUUCUCCUUGAAGGUAUCAACUUGAGUUGUUUUGUGGGAGUUUUCUACUUAUUAAAUGUUCAAUAAGCCAAUUAAGCCUUUCAUCAGAUUCCCUCUUAACAUUCCA